GAUGUGGGACGGGACACACGAGCGCGUCUUCCUGGUCCGAAAAAAGGCGUGACCUCGUAUUCUCAACCCAGGCCUGGGAAGGACGCGUGAUAUACGCGCGCUGGGCCGGGUGAUUCCUGAAGUUCUCUUGGUCCAUGAUUUCUUCCACUUUCAGGAGAAAUUAAUCGGAGUCGGGAACCACAAGUCUCCGUGGCCGGGCGGAGCUGAUAUUCCCUUGGAAUUACUUGCAGCUUUUCGGACAAUAAUAUCAUUAGUGGUGAUAUCUAAUGGCAGGGAUUUUGCGCUUAGUGACCCAGAGCCCUCCAGGUAGAGUACAGAAUGUGACAAAAAGUCUGGAAUCUCUCUCCUCAACUGAUUGGAUUCGGCAUAAAUUUACCAAGUCAAGGAUUCCAGAUAAAGUAUUUCAGCCUUCACCUGAAGCUCAUGAAAAAUAUGGUGGGGACCCUCAACACCCUCAUAAGUUACACAUUGUUACCAGAAUUAAAAGUGUGCAAAGACGACCAUAUUGGGAAAAAGAAAUGAUAAAGGUUCUUGGACUGGAAAAAGCACAUACUCCACAAGUGCAUAAGAAUAUCCCUUCAGUGAAUGCAAAAUUGAAAGUGGUUAAGCAUCUAAUAAGAAUCCAGCCAUUAAAAUUACCACAAGGACUUCCAACAGAAGAAGAGAUGUCAGAAACUUGCCUCAAGACCACAGGUGAACUAGUAGUUCGGUGGCAUCUAAAGCCAGUGCAACAAAAGGCAAUCAAGGCCUAAUUGUUUUCUUACUUUCUUUAAAUAUUCUUCACAUUUUUAUUAAAAUGUGUUUUAAACAUCAAUGGUCUUCA